GCUCAGCUUGCAACUUUAUUUAUCAAUGAAUCAAAAGUCCUUUUUCUCUGUAUAUGUAAACCAACACCAGAACUAAUCUUAGCAUUGGCUAGAGAAUGUGCUAAAUAUCUUGAAGUUACUGAGAUGGAUGCCAGUGAUGUUAAGAAAAAAGGUUGUGGAUGGUUCUCAACUUGGAGAACAGAAUGGCAAAGUACUAUAUUAGUUGAUUUACAUUCUCUUGAUCAUAUGACUGUUGAUGUACAUAUCAUUUCUGAAAGUGGAACAACAUUGGCACAAGAUAUAAAUAUUCAUAGUUAUAUGAAUUGGUAG